AUGUUUGUACGAGAACCAUACAAGGGUCCAACGCGAAAGCUAGUGCUUGCAUUUGAUGUUGGGACUACGUUCAGUGGAGUCUCAUAUUGUAUGCUAGACCCAGGGGAGGUGCCUGUAAUUCGAGGAGUAUCAAGAUAUCCUGCGCAAGAGGGUGUCGGAGGUGACUCCAAAAUACCAUCAAUUCUCUACUACGACCUUCAGGGAGACGUUCGCGCCGUAGGUGCUGAGGCUCUGCAAGAGCAUGUCAUCGAACAGGCAGAAGACGAGGGAUGGGUGAAGCUCGCAUGGUGGAAACUUCAUCUUCGCGCCAAGCACCUGCCAUCGUCUCACAUACGGGAUGACGAUAUAGAACCUCUCCCACAAGGCAAAUCUGCAGUAGAAGUUCUUGCCGACUUCAUGUGCUACCUCUUCCAAUGCGCUCGAACUUAUAUCCAGGAAUCACAUCUGAAUUUCUGGAGAUCGGUUGAGAACUCCAUUGAGUUCGUGCUCACGCAUCCGAACGGUUGGGAAGGUCAACAACAACAACAAAUUAGACGUGCUGUCGAGCUCGCUGGCCUCAUCUCGUCUAAGGAGGAGCAAUCGCACGUGCACCUCUUGACUGAGGGCGAAGCGAGUCUUCAUUUCUGUGUUACCAACGUGAUUGCAUCAGAUACAUUCUCCAAAACCCCUUUAGAUGUGUUAGAAUACUCCGAUGAUGAGGAAGAUCAAUCUGACAGCCAGGGAGUCAUUGUUGUUGAUGCCGGAGGCGGAACCAUCGAUCUCAGCGCCUACUCGAUGAAGUUAUCUCCGACCUCUUUCGAGGAGAUUGCCCCAGCUGAAUGUUCCUUGCAAGGUUCAGUUUUUGUUACUAGUCGCGCUCGUACUCUUUUACAAAAGAAACUUUCGGGCUCAAAGCACUACUCCGACCCCCAGAUCGUCGCACAAAUGGCGGACACCUUUGACAAAAGCGCAAAACUUCGGUUCCGUAAACCUGAUGAACCAUCUUACAUCAAGUUUGGUACCAUCCGUGACAAGGAUCUGAAGUACGAUAUCCGAUCAGGGCAAUUAAAAUUGGCUGGGUUCGACAUUGCAGACUUGUUUGAACCAUCCAUCGAAGCUAUCAUCGAGGCUUUUGAGCAGCAGAGACGCGUGGCUUCAACUCCAAUUAGUUUGGUUUGUUUGGUUGGCGGCUUCGCUGCCAGCGACUGGCUGUUUGUCAGACUCCAGGAAUAUUUUCUACCUCUAGGCAUCAGCUUCUGUCGCCCUGAUGCCCAUGUCAACAAGGCUGUGGCUGAUGGAGCAGUUUCGUUCUAUAUUGACCACCUAGUAUCGUCUCGAGUUGCACGUGCCACUUAUGGUGUUGAAUGCUUCACUCCGUACCACUCUGAAGAUCGUGAACACCAGGUCCGACAACAUAAAAGCUUCAUCGAUGCCACCGGCGAACUGUGUAUCCCCGAAUAUUUCGAGAGUAUUUUGCUGAAGGAAACUAAAGUCUCUGAGCUGCGCGAAUUCCGGAAAUCCUUCCAAAAAAUCCGAAAAACACUCGCUGGAUGCAAGAGUCAUGACUUGGAAUUAUUGUGCUACAAGGGUGCCCUCCGGGAGCCGAAGUGGUUAGACAGUGAUCCAUCUUCAUUCACCACGCUAUGCACAAUUACUGCCGACCUCAGCGAGGUGUCCAAAACACUGCGUCCCCUAAAAUCAACUUUAGAUCAAUCGAAGUAUUAUAAGAUUGAAUACGACGUCAUUAUUCUAUUUGGCCACACAGAACUGAAAGCACAGAUCAGUUGGCAGUAUAAGGUUCGCCUCUCGUUCUCGUCUAUUCACUUCCUCGCUGAUCGAGAACGUUGUAAAGGGUGUUGA